AUGGACGUCGUCCAGGCUGUGGCGGGAUACAUCUCGAAGAUGGUGUCUGCUGGGGAUAGCGCCUCGGGGACACCAUCCGCGAAGAUGAAGAUCCUCCUACUGGACAGCGAGACUGUAUCGAUCGUUUCCACGGCCAUUACCCAGUCCGCCCUCCUAAAUCACGAAGUCUACCUCAUCGAUCGAUUGGACAAUCAGAACCGUGAAAAGAUGCGACAUCUAAAAUGCCUAUGCUUUGUGCGACCAUCAGCAGAUUCAAUCCAGUUCCUCAUCGACGAAUUACGAGAGCCAAAGUACGGCGAGUACAACAUAUAUUUCAGCAACGUGGCCAAGAAGUCCUCUUUGGAGCGCUUGGCAGAAGCAGAUGAUCACGAAGUAGUCAGGGCGGUUCAGGAAUGCUUUGCAGAUUAUAUUGUCGUCAAUCCGGAUUUGUUCUCGAUAGACCUUGGAUUCCCAAAGCAGCGAAUAUGGAGUAACAGUCCGGAUAUGUGGAAUACCGACGCUUUACAUCGCGCAACCGAAGGACUAAUCGGGGUACUGCUGUCUCUAAAGAAGAAGCCUCUUAUACGCUAUGAGAAGAACAGUCUCUUGGCCAAGAAAUUAGCAACGGAGGUUCGUUACCACAUCACGCAGGAGGAACAGUUAUUUGAUUUCAGGAGAGUCGACACACCCCCGAUACUACUAUUAUUGGACCGAAGAGAUGACCCCAUCACGCCGUUAUUAUCACAAUGGACAUACCAGGCCAUGGUUCACGAACUUCUCGGCAUCCAAAACGGACGAGUGGACUUGAGUGAGGUUCCAGACAUUCGGCCAGAGUUAAAGGAGGUAGUCCUAUCCCAAGACCAAGAUCCAUUCUUUAAGAAGAAUAUGUAUCUCAAUUUCGGAGAUCUUGGUGGCAAUAUCAAGGACUAUGUCGAACAAUAUCAGUCAAAAACCAAAAACAGCUCCAACAUUGAGUCUAUUGCUGAUAUGAAACGCUUCAUCGAAGAAUAUCCGGAAUUUCGAAAACUUUCCGGCAAUGUGAGCAAGCACGUCACUCUGGUCGGAGAAUUGAGCAGGAUGGUUGGAUCAGAGAAUCUCCUUGAAGUUAGUGAAGUGGAACAAAGUCUGGCAUGCAACGACAAUCAUGCUAGUGAUCUAAAGAACGUUCAACGGCUUCUCCAAUCACCAACCGUUACCGCUGACUCAAAGUUAAGGCUCGUUGCCCUCUACUCUUUGCGGUAUGAAAAGCACCCAUCAAACGCACUUGCCGUGUUAGUGGAUCUCCUGGGAGCGGCAGGGAAUGUUCCACAACGGCGAAUUGAUCUUGUUGCAAAGCUUCUAAUUUACCACUCCUCCCUCCAACAAACCCAGUCUGCCGGCGGCAUCUCCGACAUGUUCGAGUCGGCAGGGAUAUUUUCUGGAGCUCGAGAUCGCUUUAAGGGACUCAAGGGCGUGGAAAAUGUCUACACACAGCAUUCCCCACGACUAGAGCUCACACUCCAAAACCUCAUCAAGGGGCGUUUACGCGAGCAACAAUACCCUUUCCUCGAGGGUGGUGGCUCUACUCGAGACAAGCCUCAGGACAUCAUUGUAUUUAUAGUGGGCGGUGUUACUUUCGAGGAGGCGAAAACCGUCUCUCAGAUUAAUGCCUCCUCCCCUGGGGUCAGAAUAGUAUUGGGUGGGACUUGUGUGCAUAAUAGCACGACAUUUUUGGAGGAGAUGGAGGAUGCUGUGUCUUCGUGGCCUGAACCACCUCCUACAACUGCUGCGGGAAGGUUACGGAAAGAAACUGGGAGGCGAUGA